AGACUGAAGGAAGGAAGCAUCAGACACAUUUCGGUUAUUGGAUAUUUUUAGAAGCUUGUUCAGUAUGUCUCUGGGUUCAGGAAUUAUUCCAGGUGAGGCACUUUUCUCUGAUCUGAGGCGUCAGUGUCUGACCACAGAGAACUGGCAGAAUAAAUACAAUAAAAAUGGCAUGGAGGUCUGGGUCGAGGUGCCUUCUGUCUCCUCGUUGUCCCAAGGAAACAAGAACAGCUACUCCAAAGUUCACAAAGUUAAGUGUAAAAUGGCUAUAAAUGAUGUGUCUGCUGCCACCAUGUAUGAUGUUCUUCACGACAACAAGUAUCGCAAAACGUGGGACCCUGCCAUGCUCGAGAGCUUUGAAAUUGCUCGUGUUGCACCCAAUGCUGAUGUGGGCUACUACUCAUGGAUUUGUCCUAAACCACUGAAAAACAGAGAUGUGGUCACACUACGUUCCUGGCAGUCAUCUGAUGAUGAAUUUAUAAUUGUUAACUACUCAGUUAAGCAUCCGAAAUAUCCUCCACGAACAGACUUGGUAAGGGCAGUCUCUGUUUUGACUGGUUACCUGGUGAAACCAACAGGGCCAAACAGCUGCACCUUUAUAUACCUCUCGCAAGCUGAUCCUAAGGGAUCUCUUCCCAAGUGGGCAGUGAACAAGGCAACACAGGUCCUAGCACCCAAAGUUAUGAAAAGUGUGCACAAGGCGGGCCAGAACUACUCUAUCUGGAAGGCACAGAACUCCCCAGAAUACAAGCCAUGGCUCUAUCCCCUCCAGAGCGAUAUUCCUUUCAUGGACCCGGCCCUGUUGAGCAUUCAGCAAGGAGACUCGCUGGAAAAUGUGGAUGAGACCUCCACUCGUGACGCAAACGAGAAUGAAGACAGCAGUUGAAGUGACUGAUGAAGAAAUGGACAUUUAAAAAUUUCAGUUUGUCAUGUACUGUAUUUGGUACUAUAAUGUGUUCUUUACCUUGUUAGUUUAUUUAUACAAAAGUGUUUAGACACUGUGGCACAGCAUUUUGACUUAGUUUUACCACAACUCUAAAAUCACUUCAGAGAUGGCCACUAUUUUUACAUUUUCUUUUGAUUCUCUUUAAGAAGUGAAUAUGUUGCCUGGCGUGUUUUUAUUUGUUCUUUAAAGAAGACGUACUGGUUGAUUUAAAACCACUGAAAUGAAGGUUAAUUAUUAAUCUUUUCUAUAAUUAAAGGUAAAUAAGCUUGUAUGUAUCUAAAUUAUAAUUAGUUUGAAAUUACUUUAUUUAUAUUCAGCUGAUUUAUUAAACUUGAAGUACGUAGUAGUGGGCAAAAUAAGACUAACAGUCAUUCCAGUGCUUUAUAAAUUUAUAUUUUGUUGUUUAUAUUGUUGUAGCUUGAUAUUACAUAAGUAGCCCAGGGACAGUAGUAAAUAAAGUGUUUUAUCACUGUAUGAUUACAGGGCAUUACCUCAGAUUUAUUUAUUACAUGAUUGCUAAAUUGUCAGACAGAAUCAGGCCUGCAUACAGUGUCAAGCCAGAUUUCAGUCAUUCUUCUUGUACUGUUGAGCUCAGUCACUCCCACAUCUAGGGAUUCUAUGCUACUCGAUUUGCAUUUGCCAACGUGCCUAACAACAGAUUUGUAAAUCAGCUGACUGGUUGACUCACGUGUGUGAGUAACAUGUGGGGUUUGGGGAUUGGGCACUGAUUUACAACAAAUGAAGGAUAUAAAAGAAAAAAAGCAGUAUAUUAUCUUGCUUAUUUAAACACUGUGAUGUCCCUUUAUUCUGUUUUCUCAGAGGGGACAGUCUACCCUACCUAACAGUGGGGUUUGAAUAGGGAUGGAUGUGUAGGAUAUAUUCCUGAAAUGCUUACAGGCUUCUAUUACUCACUAUUAAUGAAAGCAUUUCCUUUUAUAAUAAAUUAUUAAUAUAAUAUUUUCUGUAUAACUGUUUAGUUUUUACUGUAAGGGUUGUUUUAAUAAAUAACAAUAAAUCAAGACCAAAA